CUUCACCACCGUCCACCUUCAUCUCUGAAUCUCCUCAGGCUUCAUCAUCACGUCCCAAGUAAGGGAUGUCUGCUGUCUUUGACGAAAUUAAUUCGGGAAAGCCAGUGACUUCUGGACUGAGAAAGGUAACAGAUGACAUGAAGACAAAGAACCGUGCCGACAGAUCCGGCAUUGUUAAUGCUGGUGAAAAGGAAGCCCGUGUGAGCUCACCCUCUGUCUCUAAAACUGGACCUCCAAAAUUGGAGCUUCAGAUGGGCCGUAAAUGGGUGGUUGAGAAUCAAGUGGGAGGAAAGAACUUAGUUAUUGAUGAUUGUGAUACAAAGCAAUCAGUAUUCAGUAUAUGUCUACGGGUGCAAAGGUUCAGUUCUACAGAUCAAAGGUAACUUAAUUCUUCUCUAUUAGUGAAGUAGCAUA